AUGAUGUCAUCUUCUUUAGCUCCUCGCCCGGCAACUACUGGCUCCAUUCAACAGCCCUCAGUGGCCAUUCUGACAGCUGAGCAGACCCCAGAUCUUGUUUUUGUGCGGGAUCUUUCCGUCAAAGCGUUGACCGGUGUCGAUGCCUGGCACCGGCCGGAACCUCAGCCUGUGACCAUUUCUGUGUGGCUACGCACCUCGGUCGCACAGGCUGGGUCUACAGACCAUCUCACGUACUCGCUCAACUAUGCAGUCAUUACACGCAAAGUCACCAAAAUGGUUGAAACCUCACGCUUCAAAUCGCUCGAAGAUAUUGCCGAGCGUGUUGCAUCUACUGUUCUUUCAGAUUCAGUCGGUGGUCAAUGGGCCAAAAUCCAGGUCCGAAAGCCCCGUGCACUACUCCGUGCUGAUGCUUCGGAAAUUGUCAUUACCCGUAUGCGUUUGGAUCAGAAAUCAAAGCUCGAUAUUCCUCCCUCCAAGUUCAAGACGGUCUCAGAUGCACGUCAGAACCUUCUGGGGAUUGAUCAUGAGACUUCCUCUGUCAAGUCUCCUGCAGAAACUUUUGAUGUGGUCAAAGUGCCCGGGUCCAUUGACACGGUGCGGAUCCAUAAUUUACGUCUGGUCACCAUCAUUGGAGUCAAUACAAUUGAACGUAUGCAUAAGCAAAACGUCAUUUUGGAUCUGACACUAUACAAGACAAACAAGUCCUUUGGAAUUGCCCCUGGGCUUUUCGAUAAGGCAUAUGAUUUCCGUAAGGUCGUCCAAGUGGUUACAGACCAUGUUGAAGACUCUAGUUACAAAACUGUCGAAGCCUUUGUCACGUCUGUGGCCCAGGUCAUUUGCCAGGCUGGUGUGGCCAAGGUCACAGUACGUGCAGAAAAACCCAGCGCAUUGACUUUUGCUGAUGCGGCCGGAGUUGAAGUCACUCGUACAAAGGAAUACUUUGAUGAUGAAGAGAAAGGCGCCGUUACCGUUGUUUCUGUAAAUGAGUCUGCCGAAAAGCCAUUGUUCCCAGACUCAGUCAAUGAUGACGACGGUGUCGAACACAUUGUCUUUAUUGCAUUUGGAUCCAAUGUUGGAAACUCACUCAGUGUUAUCAAGGCCGCCAUUGAUCAACUCAAGGCCCGUGACAUUGCAGUACUGGAAACUUCAGCCAUUUACGAAAGCGAUCCAAUGUAUGUCACGGACCAACCAAAGUUCUAUAAUGGCGUCUUUAAAGCUCGCACCUCGCUGGCGCCCUUAAAACUGUUGCAAACUCUCAAGGAACUCGAGUACGGUGACUUUGGGAAACGUGUGAAAAUCCAGGAUAAUGGCCCACGUUCCUUGGAUCUCGACAUUUUACUCUACGACGAUUGGGCAAUCAAUCUUCCACCUACCCUCACUAUCCCCCAUCUCCGAAUGCUGGAGCGCAACUUUGUGCUCCGUCCACUUAAGGACCUUGUCGGGCCCGAUCAAGUCCACCCGCUUACCGCCGAGCCUUACCAUUCCCAUCUCGAACAACUUCUAGCUACGGCACCAGACACUACUGUCCAAGCAUCUUCUGUAUUGCGAUCAGUCGUGCCUCUACCUGCACUUAAGGAUUCUCCUGAACGUGACCGUAGCAUUAUUUUUGACCCAGACACUCAUAGAGUGGCCACCCAUGUCAUGGCGAUUCUCAACACGACUCCAGAUUCAUUUUCUGAUGGCGGUCGGUUUGUUGAAAGUGAUGGAAUCAAUGUCGACAAGAUUGUCCAAGCAGCUGUCGAAGCUGUAGAUGCAGGAGCAACCAUUUUGGAUAUUGGCGGCAUGUCCACUCGCCCAGGCACCUCUGAGGAUGACGUCACUGUAGACGAGGAAAUUGCCCGUGUCGUGGGCCCCAUUGCAGCCAUCCGCGCACGGUUUGCCGGAAUUCCAAAGUACCAGGACGUUGUUAUUUCGAUCGAUACGUACCGGGCCGCUGUGGCACGGGCCGCCGUUGAGGCUGGCGCAGAUAUGAUUAACGAUAUUGGAGCUGGCAGUUUGGAUCCAGACAUGUUUGCAACUGCACGCGAUCUUUCUGUGCCCAUUAUUUUAAAUCAUACCCGAGGUACUCCAGCCACAAUGGCCUCUCUUGCUCGCUACGAGUAUGUUGACGCGGAGUCUGGUGCUGUUGAGGUGGAUACUGCUCGGGCGGUUGUGGAGAGUGUAGCAGAAGAGUUGGAAGACCGAGUCGCGUGCGCUUUGGAAAGUGGACUUUGUAGAUGGCAAAUUAUUCUAGACCCUGGAAUUGGGUUUGCCAAAACUUUGCGCCAUAACGUGCUGCUGUUGCGCAAAUUUGAUGCUCUCAGAAAGGCCCGUGGAGGUGUGUUAGCCGGGUACCCGUGGCUGGUGGGCACUAGCCGUAAACGUUUUAUUUCAAAGCUGACGGGCGACGAUGAGUCUGCACGGGUGUUUGGGACUGCAGCAACAGUCAGUGCUGCCAUUGAACAAGGAGCAGAUAUUGUUCGUGUACACGAUGUGGCUGCCAUGGUUGGAGUUGCGCGUGUUUCAGAUGCUAUUUAUCGGGAUGUUUACUAG